GAGAUUUCCAUCUCCUCCUUUCUCUAAUAGCUCUGGCUUAGCUAGCUGACAAGUUUGAUAGCUAGCUAACUUUGUAAAGGAUUGGUUUCCAUUCCAUUUUAAGAAAACUAGCUAGUUAAUUCGAUACCGACAAAACAGGACUGGUUUAAGUUGGUUCGUUUGGGAAUAUGCCUAAGAAUAAAGGUAAGCACCAAAUACGUUGCCUUUGGUUGUUAAACCAUUUCAGGGUUGAAGUUUAUGCUAGCUAGCUAGCUUCCCGGCCCAUGCUUAGCAACGUAACCGGAGGAAGACACCGUAUGGCAUUGAACAAGUCCUGAAAGCGUGGAAACGUUACCCUUAGUUACAACCAUCGGCGUUGUUUAUUUAAUCGUAAUUUGACUAUAAAAAAUUAAGGAAUUCAAAUGGCGAUUAUCCAGGUAACUGAACUGCCUUGCUUGCUUUUGUCACAUUGUGGCGCCGCAGAAUGACGUUACCAUCAACUAGUGGUACUGGUAGGCCAACAAUAUCCCUGCCCAGCAGUUUCCAUCAUCUUGAGCCUCUGCCCUGAUCGCUGUCACAUUCACUAGCUGACUAGUUAGUUACCACAUAUAAAAGGGGUUAGUUAAAGAAUCUUUGUUGCUAGGUUACAGGCAUUUGGUUGGUUUAUUUAUCAGCGUUUAUUUGGCUUAUGAUGCUAAUGACAGGUGGAAUUGGAAUGACAGUUACCAGAAUUGGAAUGACACAUGUUCACUAUCUCUCAUCUUCUCAUUACAGGUAAGGGAGGAAAGAAUCGGCGACGUGGUAAGAACGAGAAUGAAUCAGAAAAGAGAGAGCUGGUAUUUAAAGAGGAUGGCCAAGGUGAGUUCAUCGUCCCCCUUCAACCUAAUUUAACCUGUACAUUUGGCAAACAGGUUUUGACUCACUGUCAAUCUGGCCGGCUCAGUUUUAGUUUAUGUCCCUAUAUAAAAAUAGCAAAGUUGAAAUUAUUGAGUGACAGGUUGGCACGAAAUCUUAUCUCCACUGCGCUGUAUCAGCACCAUGGACAUAACAUGCCGCGCAGUGUGUAGGGCGGCUAUGGAAAGUCACUGGGCGGUUAGGUAUGACUCCUUUUGGGUUUCCAUAAAAAGUGGGAAAAAAUGCUUCUCAUCUGUGGUAGGCUACGUGAAUAACGUGGUAGGCUAAGUGAAUAACAAGAUACAGUUGAAGCUGCUCCACUCAACUCUGCCUCACGCCCCACCACUACAGAGUUUAGUUAGCUCUAACUAGCUAAUCUGCCACUGCCGCAAUGGAUAUCAUAAAUGAAACCACAGAGGCAGUUGUCAAGCCCAGCAGAAAUUAUGCUGCCGAACUCCCGCUAGCUUGCCCCCCUCCCACAAUUGCCGCCAGGAUAAUGGCUCGAAUCAUACCCUAGCCGCAGGUUUUCUGUCCAAAAACGUUAAUUUAAUAGCAACUGGUUCAUAGGAAGAGAGUGGCUGGAAUACUCAGUCACUGCAGAUGUGGCAGUUUCGUUCCCAUGUCGAAAGUUCUGUAUUGGGUCCAAUGGUAACGCAGACAAACAAGGCCUUCACCCAAGGCGGGUAUUCUAACUGGGAGCAUGCUUUUAAUAGAACCAAAGGAGUUGCUAGGCACACAUCAAGCAAGGAGAAUUUGAAAUGCACUGCACUGUGGCAAGAAAAACAAUUUGUAUUUGGCUGCAUUCACAUAGGGUAAUUCACCUAUUACCAUCAAAACUCUUGUUUUCUCACACAAUUGCAUAGCAUAGCCUAUAGAAAGGUUGUUCAACAUGGGCUUAUUGUAAGAACCCUUAUUUAACUCCAUGCAUCAACCAGCUAUGAGGAGCUGGCUCUCGCUGCGCAACAGGUGAUCCUAUUCCGCUCAAACUCUGAAUGCCAGAGCUCUCAUGAAGUGAUUGAUUAGAUUUUUGAUUGCAUUUGCAUUGAUGUCGGAGUGAUUUGAGGGACAAUAGAGCGCUGAGUACCAGGCCACUAGCCGUUAGCAAGUUUGGUAGACUACUAAUGACCAUCAGCGGCAUCAGAGCACAGUUUUGAAGAAGCCUAGUUCCCGUGACUCAACGGUCAUGUGGAAUUUGACUUCCGGUCAUGACUGGCGGUAAUACGGUCACCGUAACAGCCCUACUCCCUGUUUAACAGUUCAGCACUUACAUUUGAGCCACCUCGUGACCCCCUCUAUGAAUUGACUAACUGGCUGAACUUCUGUUCUAAUCUAGAAUAUGCACAGGUGAUUAAGAUGUUGGGUAAUGGACGACUGGAAGCUAUGUGUUUUGAUGGAGUCAAGCGACUAUGCCACAUCCGAGGAAAGCUACGGAAAAAGGUAAUGGUGUACACAGUAGCCUAUAUAGUGUUAGUGCCAUUAGUCACAAUAUCCACCACGUGUUUUGGCAAAUACAGUGAGGGGAAAAAAGUAUUUGAUCCCCUGCUGAUUUUGUACGUUUGCCCACUGACAAAGAAAUGAUCAGUCUAUAAUUUUAAUGGUAGGUUUAUUUGAACAGUGAGAGACAGAAUAACAACAAAAAAAUCCAGAAAAACGCAUGUCAAAAAUGUUAUAAAUUGAUUUGCAUUUUAAUGAGGGAAAUAAGUAUUUGACCCCUCUGCAAAACAUGACUUAGUACUUGGUGGCAAAACCCUUGUUGGCAAUCACAGAGGUCAGAUGUUUCUUGUAGUUGGCCACCAGGUUUGCACACAUCUCAGGAGGGAUUUUGUCCCACUCCUCUUUGCAGAUCUUCUCCAAGUGAUUAAGGUUUCGAGGCUGACGUUUGGCAACUCGAACCUUCAGCUUUCUAUGGGAUUAAGGUCUGGAGACUGGCUAGGCCACUCCAGGACCUUAAUGUGCUUCUUCUUGAGCCACUCCUUUGUUGCCUUGGCCGUGUGUUUUUGGUCAUUGUCAUGCUGGAAUACCCAUCCACGACCCAUUUUCAAUGCCCUGGCUGAGGGAAGGAGGUUCUCACCCAAGAUUUGACGGUACAUGGCCCCGUCCAUCGUCCCUUUGAUGCGGUGAAGUUGUCCUGUCCCCUUAGCAGAAAAACACCCCCAAAGCAUAAUGUUUCCACCUCCAUGUUUGACGGUGGGGAUGGUGUUCUUGGGGUCAUAGGCAGCAUUCCUCCUCCUCCAAACACGGCGAGUUGAGUUGAUGCCAAAGAGCUCAAUUUUGGUCUCAUCUGACCACAACACUUUCACCCAGUUCUCCUCAGAAUCAUUCAGAUGUUCAUAGGCAAACUUCAGACGGGCAUGUAUAUGUGCUUUCUUGAGCAGGGGGACCUUGCGGGCGCUGCAGGAUUUCAGUCCUUCACGGCGUAGUGUGUUACCAAUUGUUUUCUUGGUGACUAUGGUACCAGCUGCCUUGAGAUCAUUGACAAGAUCCUCCCGUGUAGUUCUGGGCUGAUUCCUCACCAUUCUCAUGAUCAUUGCAACUCCACGAGGGAGAUUGACAGUUAUUUUGUGUUUCUUCCAUUUGCGAAUAAUCGCACCAACUGUUGUCACCUUCUCACCAAGCUGCUUGGCGAUGGUCUUAUAGCUCAUUCUAGCCUUGCGUAGGUCUACAGUCUUGUCCCUGACAUCCUUGGAGAGCUCUUUGGUCUUGGCCAUGGUGGAGGGUUUGGAAUCUGAUUGAUUGAUUGCUUCUGUGGACAGGUGUCUUUUAUACAGGUAACAAGAUGAGAUCAGGAGCACUCCCUUUAAGAGUGUGCUCCUAAUCUCAGCUUGUUACCUGUAUAAAAGACACCUGGGAGCCAGAAAUCUUUCUGAUUGAGAGGGGGUCAAAUACUUACUUCCCUCAUUAAAAUGCAAUUCAAUUUAUAACAUUUUUGACAUGUGUUUUUCUGGAUUUUGUUGUUGUUAUUCUGUCUCUCACUGUUCAAAUAAACCUACCAUUAAAAGUAUAGACUGAUAAUUUCUUUGUCAGUGGGCAAACGUACAAAAUCAGCAGGGGAUCAAAUACUUUUUUCCCUCACUGUAGCUGGAGGCUGAAGACCAUUGAGAUCUUAUGUGUACUGUAUAAAUGUAAUCCAAUGUCAUCAUCCUUUACACUCCACUUCCAUCAUGCUUUGGGUUUGACAUGACAUGAGGGUUGACAGACUUCUACCUGGGCAGUUUGUGUCUAUGCUGGAAGUAUUAUAGUUUUUAUACUCCAAGCUGUCCUUGCUGACAUCUUGUUCUUUGCUCCUGGGCAGGUUUGGAUCAAUACUUCAGACAUCAUCCUUGUGGGACUUCGAGAUUACCAGGUAAAAAAAUAUAAUAUUUUUUAAUGAUAAUACAACCCAAGGCACUAGGAGGCCCUAAGAUCGAAGAGUAUGUCCUAAUGGUUACAUUCUUCCCUGAAGGACCAAAAAGCCGAUGUUAUCCUUAAGUACAAUGCAGACGAGGCCAGGAGUUUGAAGGCCUAUGGGGAGCUUCCUGAACAUGGUAUGUAUCUUGGACCACUACAAUUGACUGAGAGGGAGUCAGGGAGGUUAAUAGCCUCUAACUUAACCUUCUUGAAAUGUCAUAUUAGUCUUAAGGUAAGGCAUCAUUCGCCAUGUGAUGCUGAAGCCACAAAGCCAGGAAUGGAGAAUUGUCUUGCUUCAAAUUAUAGGCACAUGUUCACUCUUUUUAAAGCAGGCUAGUUGAUUAAUUGUGGCCAUCUUCUAACACCCUAGCUAAAAUCAAUGAGACUGACACAUUUGGACCUGGCGAUGAUGAGGAUAUUCAGUUUGAUGACAUUGGAGACGACGACGAGGACAUUGAUGAUGUAAGUAGAGGAUUCCUCUUGCAAGUUACAAGGAAUGCCAUCCAUAGGUAAUAAUUGGUGUGAUGCAGUCAAUCAAUUGAAAUCACAUUCAAUUGAGUGAAAUGCUUUUUGCUCUGUCCAUUUUGCUUGAAUGCUUUGUCUUUGUGUCUGUCUGCUUUUGGGUCAGGUAAUACCACUUGGUAACAUAACUCUCUCCCCUUCCUCUCAGAUCUGAAUCAGAACUAUUGUGGGCCACAUCGUUUAUGCAGAGGAAAGUGGACAUUUCUAUACUGGCAGAGGCAGUGCAACCUUGCCAACAACUCACUGCUUCCUCAAGUCAGUUGAGGCAGCUUAUUUCCCUUCUCUUGAGACUGCUUAAAGCCUGGAUUCUGUCACUGAGAACAUCCGCACACCUACUUCAGUUCACACUGUAUUAUUUUAUUCCAUAAAGUGGAAUAUACUCUAAAAUUACAGAACACCAGAGUUUACAAUAAAAACUUCAAUCA